AUGAUGGCCGCCGUGCACCCCUCCGCCGAUCUCUCCUGCGACGUCGCUAUACAUCUCUCUGACACGGAGUUUACCUCUCGGAUCGACUACGCUGACACCUACGUCCUCCCAACUACCUCCACCACAGCAGCUGCUUCUGCCGAUGCGGCACAGCUGCCGACAGCGACGCUCGUCUCGCCGUGGCUGCUCGUCUCGCCGUCGGUCUGCAGCGCAUACCCGUCGUCCUCUCCGUCCGUAGCAGUAACAGCAGCAGGCGCCGCUCGCAGCCCUGCAGUGGAGACGGUGCCCCUCGCUUGGCGGUGUCCGUCUUGUGGCACACUUGAAGUGGAGCAGCUGUACUGGCGGCGACCGCAGCGAUCCGAACCAGCAGCCACAGACGAAGCCUCUACCGCUGUUGCUGUCCGCGCUGCGCUGGCGCGCAGCACGCGACUAACAGCGCCCUCACCGGCCCUGCAGGCGAAGCUGGAGCGGCACCGAUGGCGCAGAGAGCGACGAGAGGAGAUGCGUUGGCGGCCGCUGCACAUCAGCGCGCGCUGUCGCAGCUGUUUCCUGUGUCCCCGCUGCGGCGGCCAUGGUAGCUUGCCAUUCUCCGAAGCAGCACAAGUCAUUGAUACGAGCACGGCCAAGUCCACAGCGGCAUCGUCGUCGCUGUUUCCCACCCCCGCUAACGUGCUCCGUAGCACGCAGUCUGUGAGCUCGCUCGACAUACGGCUCACCUCCAACGUUCAGUACUACGCCGUGUGUAUGUGCUGUCAGUGGCACAGCUACCGAGCCUUCCCCACAAUGGAGCAGCUCCUCGGGUAUUUGGAUGCGGUAAUGGGGGACGAGAAGGCGGAGACGCUCCGAGAGCGUCGGGCGGCGCAGCGAAGCCUCAAUACCGCUCUUCGUGCCGGCCUCACAGGGCUCCUGGGCGUCUAUUCCGACCUGGAGAAUCAUGCACGUUCGCAACACCAGCAGCAGCAGGUAACCGUCUCGCAGGCCGCGUGGGACAAAUUUCGCCACCUGCGCAGCGCACACAUCUGCGACCGCAGCGCCGGGCCUCCAUCGCACUCUUCAUCGCAGCAGCAGAAAAUCAACGGCAAGAUGACGCAAGAUGCCAUUAUGCACCUCCACCCUGCCCUCGCUCUAGAGCAGCUACGACACCAAGAGCAGCAGCGCCAGGAGGCUGCACGCGCAGCGUCGCUCCUCCAAGGCGUGAGCCAAGCCGCACCGCAGGCGAUGCGGGUCGUGGACUUGGCUCGCGAAGCCGCAGCUAAGCUGCCGGGAGCGCAGGAGGGAGAGGCAAAAGACAGGACACCGCUCAGCGAAUGGCCACCCGCACAUCGCUCGACCUCAUCUGCCUCGAUAACCGCCAGCAGCGCCAAAAACGAUGUCGAAGUCAACUUGAUCGCGCGUACUCAGCACUGGCUCCUCGGACUGCCGCUGGAAGCCGUCGACACUCGGCGGCAAAGCAUACAGACGUGGAUGCAACGCUAUCAGCCAGCGGCGGUCGUGGCGCAAGAACGCAAAACAGCGGCGGCGGCAGCAGCAGCCAUGACCAGCACCUCCGCCCUCAUGCACACGCCAACGUCCGCCUAUCUGCACUCCGUACUGCUUCGUGAGCAAGACCGACCGCUUGGCCUCCCGGCAUACUACAUCACCAGGGUCCGCAAGGAGCUCCUCACUGCGCUUGUGUGGCGGCUGCCGCCGGCAUUCGCUGCCAGGAAACCAUCGGCAGCAGAGCAGUCGCUUCCGUGCACACGUUUUGUGCUCCUCGACCGGCACGCGUUGUCGGACGCGGAAGUGCGACAGGUGUGCCAGCACUGGGUCGACGAGCGCACGGCGCAGGUAGAGCGGCACGAGCGGAAGCGCCGCAGCGAGCUGGAGCAGCGGAACAGCGCAUGUAGCACCACCACCACUGCAGGGAAGCAACGCAAUGACGGCGACGGCGGCUUCGACUCGGACGGAGGAGACGAGGAGGAUGACGAUGAUGAAGAGGGCAUCGAAUGCCCCAAAGGCGGCGCCUCGCAAGACUCGAUGCACCCGGCAACGGCCCAGCAUCCACCACCGCAGCAGAGGAUAAAGAAAAGUGUGUCGUCGAAACUACCGCUGCCGUUGUUCCUGGACGGCACCGACUUUUCUGCGCUGUCGUGCCUGCCCUUCCUCGAGUACGUGCGAAGUGAUCGGGGUAGCGGCGGCGACGGCGGCGACGCACACCUGUGCAAGUGGCAGUUCCGCUUGAUGAACUUGCACAUGAUGCAUGACGUGUACCUGACAAGGCUUGAGGUGGUGCGGACUGUGGUAGCGCCGUCGUGCGCCGUUGCCGCUCCACAUGCACGUCCUUCGCCCUUCCUUUUAUCUGCUAGUGCCGCCUGUGUGACGGUGCAGCUUUCCUCGCUGUCGGCGCCUGCUGUGGAGCUUCCAGUGGUGCUGGCUCCUCGGUGUUCCCCGGAGGAACGUGCUGCAGCCCUCGCGGCAGUCCUGCAGGGUCGCGAUGGCUCCCGUGUUGGAGAUGCGGGCCCCUCGCCACCGCUUAGCAUCCCCUCGAUCGUCACCAUGGGCAUCACCACUCCACCGACCCGCCUGCCAGAGCUGCACGUCACUCUGCGCGACACAUCCGCGACGCAGGCUGGUGAGCCUUCAUCGCCCAUGCGGACUCCUCUCCGUUGCGUGGAACUGCUGGUGGAGGUGCUGACGGCACUUUCGGAUGUCGAGCACGCGCAUCCUCAGUACCACGCGGUGCGCUAUGGACUCGUCGUGACACUCAACUCGUGCUGA